CUAAAUGCUCUCCUUUACCCAGCAUUGGGUACUACCACUGUGUACAGUCAUACAAAAAAGGAUGUAUGUAGCGGAUAAUUAUAAUUUCACACCUAAAAGUACUCGCAGUUCCUAACCACCGCGCAGAUCGACUUUCUCGCAGUCUUGGAGGCAUCCCGCGAUCCCCGCCACGGUGAAACUGGUUGGAUUGUUCAGCUCUGGUACCAGGAACCAGGGGGCGUCUGGCAAUCCGCCGACUUCUCUCCCGCUAAUAGUUUGAAAUCGGUAUGACGACUACGAUGUGCUACUUCUCCCUGCUAAUUUUUUAGCCAAUAUUACCCACUUCCAUCCCUCCAAAUAUCACCCGGACACAUUAUUCACUGCGCCUGAGUUACCAGAACUCACACGCUAUCCAGUUUACUCUCCGCCUCAGGUCUAUACUUGAGGAGCACGCGCCAUGGAUCUGGUGCAAGGAGCAGACUGGCCUUGAUGAUGGUCGAGUCAUCUUCCUUGACCCCUCUGCAGGCCUACCAAAGUUCGAAUGCCUUUUCGGCGGCCCGGACUCCAACGUCAUCGCAAAGUGUGCGAAAAGUCAAGUGCCCGGAGUUGGGCUCUUCGAUGUUACAGCCCCUGCUCUUCCUAUCACCGACAGCUCAAGCACAACUUCCCUCGGCAUUCCCGUGGACCUAGACCGUUAUUACGCAUUAGUGAGUUCCGUCUCUGGUGCUGGGUCCAAGCCUCUGAUUCUUUAGGUUAAAUUGAGUUCCCCAUGGAUGGGGCCUCGCCAAGGUAGCUCCCACUUCACAAUCGAUCUCGAUGGUCUUCUCAUUGGAUUCCUACGUUCCGAUGGCAACCACGUUGUUGUUCUCCCUGUCUCCGGCAUCAACGAUUGCACCACAUACGUUUGCUCGGAGGCAGGGAAAGUGCUCCUAAAGACUAGAAAUGACGCCGGUAACUUCCAACACCACCGGGCGAUUGUCGCAAUCGGGUGGAAAUACCAGGAAGCGGUCAAUGCAGCUUUCUAUAGAGCUCGCGAAUUAAUCCGGUCGUUGACCCCACCAAGCCCUAUAGAACACCUAGUACCCACUCCGUCCUGGCAUGAAACCUGGUAAGCCACCGCUCCAUGUUCAAUAUCAUGCGAUAUUGUUUUUCUAAGCGGAGAGCAGGUAUGACGGCCUCGCAUACUGUACCUGGAAUGGAUUGGGUCGAGAGCUUUCCGAAGAAAGAAUUCUUUCCGCUCUCCAAGACCUUGCGGAUAACGCAAUAUAUGGUUAGAAACAGCGUAUACUCUCCGUUUCUAUGUACUGAUACUCUUUCCGAUAGUUACCUCCCUCAUCAUCGAUGAUAAUUGGCAGUCACUGGUAAGCCCUUAAAUAUCCUUUUCUCCCCUUUCAUGUUAACUCAACGUAACCCCUGCUCCUAGCGCGACGGCAGCCGUUGGGAUAGAUUUGAAGCGAACUCAAAUUUCCCACGCGGACUAGGGCAUACAACUUCCGAAAUUCGCAGGCGAUUCAAGAGCGUCAGACACAUAGCUGUCUGGCAUUCUCUAGUACGUUCCCAUGAAAUUCUGCCCGAUCAAUCAUAAUAACCUUCCCCUAGUUUGGGUAUUGGGACGGGAUUGCUCCUGGUGGAUGGAUUGAUGCCAACUACAAAUGUAUUAACGUUAAGUGGCGCAAGGGCAACGACAUCUGUGUUGUAGAUGCCUCAGACGUUGCUCGAAUGUACAACGAUUUCUACGGGUGAGUAAACAUUAGAAUCACGCUCGCGCCGUCUCUGCUGACUCGGUAAGCACAGUUUUCUUUCAAAAAAUGGCAUCGACUCCGUUAAAUGCGACGCGCAAUACGGAAUUGAUGACUUUGACGACGCUACAGUACGUCGGUCAUUAGGCCCAGCAUACCAGGAAGCGUUCAAAAUGAAUAGUAUUAAAUACUUUUCAAGACGAGUGAUCUACUGUGAGACGGUCCCUUCCCCAAGGCUUCAUUCACUAACACUUAAUCCCCAGGUAUGGCACACGUCCCCUACAUCUUCUUUCGCGCUUUGCUCCCUCAUGACGCAUCACCAGUCCUCUUUAGAAACUCCGAUGGUGCGUCUUUCCAUCCCUCAACCCCUCACGUAUCUACACCCCUAACUGAAUUCCUAACAGACUUCUUCCCCGAUGUCCCAAGUUCACACGUGUGGCACGUGUUCGCCAACUCGAUGAACAAUAUAUAUUCAUCCAAUCUUAAUUGUUUGCCCGAUUGGGACAUGUUCCAGUCAGCC